AUGUCCUCGAAAGACUAUGCCAUUGACGCAGACAUGCAUCGGGACCCUGCACCAAGUACAAACCAUCUGGAACGCCUAACCACAGCAGGAGGACAUACCAACGACCGCUCACAGAUCCCGCUUCCUGUAGUUCAUCGCACCUUUGCCAAUCCAUCUCCAUUGGGUCUCAUCUCCUUUGCUGCUGACAUCUUUCUCAUCUCUGUGUACGGUCUACAUGCCAGGGGUAUUCAGUCUCCCAAUGCCAUGAUUGGUAUGCUGGUCUUUUUCGGCGGUACUUGUCAGUUUAUUGCUGGCAUUAUGGAAUUUAUCACGGGCAACACUGUAUUGUCUUUCAGAUUCUGGGUGGUAUAG